UCGCAAAGGCUGGAGAGGCUGGUGUUGAAAAGAGUCGAAACAGAACCCAUUGUGGUGUUGGAGAGGAGUGAGCUACCGCCAGAGAGAAGAAGGAAAGAGGGUAAUUCCCUGACCACAAAGGGACUCAUGAUACGCGGACAGAUACGGACGACAAUGCACAACGCGGACGCUGUUUUCUUUUGUGAGGGGGACCGCGUCGUCCGGUCGGAAAGAGCCGGUAUAUGAAGAGUUAAGACUCGACAUCCCAACUGUUUAUUUCUGCAGCUAGCAGGCUAGCAGGCUAGAUACCUAGGAGCUAGAAAUGGGAAGCCCGUGUGAGUUUGCAUGAUAGAGAUCUCCGUCGAGAUUUGGACGAGAAGCGGUUUUCGGGGCUCAGAUACGGUCGGCGGUGGUUUCAAGUAUCGGUCGUCCAACUUUGAAGAAUGAUAUCAACGGAGCGUUAAGCAAUUCACUACACUACAGACACCGGAGGGGGAAGAAAAGUCAUACAGGCCCACUGGCUCGAGAUUGUUCACAAACACCGAGAAGGGAGAACAUGACUCACUGGCCUCUGCCGGAGACUGGCACGGGGCAGCUGUGCCAACCUCGCCCCUGCCUGCCACUUUAGAAGCUCCCCCAGAACACCAUGACGGAGAGGCAUUGAGGUUGGCUUCCUGACGAUCAUCUCAGUACCUCUCCUCCUCCCUGUCCCUCAAGAACCCCCCCUGCCCCUGCUCCAUCCCCAUCAUGCUGCGCUUCCUGCCUCUCAAACUUGGCCGCCUGUACCGCUGUCUGAAGCUCUUGCUGGUGGUGGGAUUGUUUGUCAUCCUGUUGAUGAACACCCACAACCUGUUCGCCUCCUUCCAGAAGAAUGAACUCACUGACAGACGCUUCAUCAACCUCAACAAGUGUCCCGCCUGCUUUGGCACCAGCUGGUGCCGCAAAUUCAUGAACGGUCAGGUUUCCUUCGAGACCUGGGGUCGCUUACGAUUCCUAGACGUUUUCAAUGUCAAGAAUGUUUACUUUGCCCAGUACGGUGAGCCCAGAGAGGGCACCCGUCGUGUGGUGCUCAAACGACUUGGCUCUAACCAGGAGCUGGCUGAGAUAGACCAGAAAAUCUGCAAGCGAGCCACUGGCAGGCCACGCUGUGACCUCAUCCAGGCGAUGUACAAGACUGAAUUCGCCCGCAUCAAUGGCGACGUUCGUCUGCUGACCCCAGAGGUGGUGGAGGGCUGGUCAGACCUGGUGCACUGCCCCUCUCAGAGGCUGCUGGACCGGGUAGUCCGCAGGUACGCCGAGACCAAAGACUCAGGCAGCUUCCUGCUGAAGAACCUCAAGGACACGGAGAGAAUGCAGCUGCUCAUGACCUUGGCAUUCAACCCAGAACCACUCGUAUUACAGAGCUUUCCCUCAGACGAGGGGUGGCCAUUCGCCAAGUACCUGGGAGCCUGUGGGCGCGUGGUAGCUGUCAACUACGUGGGCGAGGAGCUGUGGAGCUUCUACAACGCACCCUGGGAGAAGAGGGUGGACUUGGCACGCCAGCUGAUGGACAUUGCCGAGCAGCUCACCAACAACGACUUUGAGUUCGCCCUCUACCUGCUCGACGUCAGCUUCGACAACUUCGCGGUCGGCCCGCGCGACGGAAAGGUCAUCGUCGUCGACGCCGAGAAUGUCCUUGUGGCCGACAAAAGGCUGAUCAAGCAGAACAAGCCAGAGAGCUACGACGUGUGGUAUGAGAGCCGCUUCGAGGAGUGCGACAGGGAGGCCUGCCUGUCUUUCUCCAAGGACUCCCUUUGUUCCAGGGUCACCGUGGACCACAACUACUAUGCCGUGUGCCAGAACCUGCUGUCGCGGUACGCUACGUGGCGGGGCACCACCGGAGGCCUCCUCCACGACCCCCCCGCCCACAUAGCCAAAGAUGGACAACUCGAGGCCCUGCUGGACGAGUGCACCAAACCCAAAAAGCGCUACGGCCGCUUCCAGGCGGCCAAGGAACUGCGCGAAUACCUCACGCAGCUAGCUGCCGCUUCCUCCUCGGCCACAGCCAGGUAAUGAAUGGAGUCGGCGUUUAGCCUGACACACUGACUGACUGGAUCCUGUACUCUGUAUCUCCGGACUCUCCAGAUCCUGGUUCUUGUACAUGAUGUCAUUUGCUCCCCUUUGUGCGCUGGAGCUGGAAGGUGUUAGAGGUCUUGCAUCGGGAAGUGUAAGAAUCAAACUUCAAAGCAGAUUUGUUAAAGCGCCGGCUUUUACUUGACUUUGGUCUCGAGUGUGGCGCUAAGAGAUUCUGGUUAGAACCAGGAUAGAGAGGGGGAUAGAGGUAACCCCCUUCUCUCCCAGGGUGGGCUGCCAUCCUUGGGUGUGGAGGCGAGAAAGGGCUCCAGUAAACGCAUCCUUCACUGGAACCCAGGCUAACGCAAAGCAGAACAUCCAAGCAGCAGCAGCAGCAGCAGCAGCAGCCGUGACCACAUCCAUCCUCCUGUUCACUCCUCAGUCUAUCAGAACUGUUGCGUUUCAUGACAUUGAAUCCUAACACCUGUUUCAUUUUGCCCCCAGGAUCUCUUGUUUGUUUUUAUGUGGUUUUUUUUUUUCCUUUUUCCAGGGCUGAAUUUAAGUAGAUUGGUGCGUUUUACAUUUUUGCUGUGCCAUGGCUUUUCUGUUUUUUGUUUUUUUGUUGUUUUUUUUUUUUCUCUCCCCCUCUCCGUAUGGCAUGGCUGCAGGGAAACAGCGAAGGUAGCAUGAAUCUCCUGCUGUCAGGCAGCGGGGGAAGGUGGAGAGGAGGUGCAGGAGGUUGGGGCUUUCAUGCAGGAGAAAAGAAAACCCUUGACGGCUAUAGGAGUCUAAUUUCCUGCUACUCCAAUCAAUCACUUGAUUUCCAGGUUCCAAGAUUGUGGCAAUCAUCUUCUUCUUUUUCUUUUUUUUUUUCAAGUGUGUGUUUUUCUUGUUUUGUUUUUGUUUUUUUUUAAUGGGAAACCGAGAGAGUGAGACAGCUGCACAUAGGAAAAGGAAGGGAAUGAUAGGACAGCGGUGGUCCCUUGAUGCAGAUGUGCCUAUACCAAAGAGGCUAUAUAUAAUAUUAAGAACCCUGAGCAGUACAGAGUGAUGGCACCUUUCCCUCCAGUUGUCCAAAGGAACCGUAAAUGUGUACACAAUCUCAUAUGAGCUGGCAGGCCUGCAUGCUGAUUUUUUUUUUUCUUCUAUUUUCCAAUAAGAAACUAAAUCCAGUUUUUCAAGUCAGAACCUUGACGUGUUUUUCUGCAACAAAGCUAAAGCAAAAAAAAAAAAAAAGUCUUGACUAAACAAAAGUUGGAAAUAAAGUGAUGCUCGAGAGGACUAGAAACACAAUAAAGCAGCGUAGUAGUGGCCUCCAGUGCCAGAUUCCCUUUAAAUGUCUGUAAUUGAUAAAUGAAUCCUGUUGUCAAACUUCUCCCACUAGCACUGAGUGCUGUAAGCUCUAUCAAGCAAAUGUGAAAAAAAAGGGGGCAGGGGGGAGUGAAAAUAUCCUAAAUUACCUUCCUGCUCCAGAACUGGCUUCUGACCUGCGCUUUUUAAAAUUUUGCAGCCCCUGGAAGAAGGAAAAAAAAAUAAAACACAUCCUACUGAAUAUUUAAACACCACUUAGAAGCUGGGUUGAUUUUACACUCUGUGGACCAACGAAUUAAAGCAUAAAUAUGGGCUCAUUUGGUAAUGGAUUAUGAGAGAUCUUACACAAACAACCUUUAAAAAUGGGAAAAAAAAAAAGGGAGAGAAAUCUCCCUCUUGGGCUGUAUAUGUUUUGUAGGUCAUCUGUCUUGAUGUUGUGAAUCAGACUCUAAAUGCCCAGUGGAGUGUUGUGUAGCACGGUCAAUAAUCAAGUAAAUAUGAGCCACUCCAUCUGCGGGGAAAACUAGAAAGCAAGGCGGUUGCUUAUUUGGCCUUCCGCAAGACCCGCGGCCCUGACGCGACCCCUUGCCAGUAAAGGAAAAGCAAUAAAGAGAAGUUUGACGAACAGAUUUGUGGUUUUUGAACCCUCUCUAUGUUGUGUCGGAUACAUUUCUGUUUCCCCCGUCUGGACGAUGUUGAACCUGGAGGGAUUUGUACGUGCGUGAACUAACUGUCCACUUUUGUACUGUAAUUUCUUUUGAGUAUUAUAUCAGCAUUGUCUGAUUUUUCCUGUGCCUUUCAUUCAAAAGUUGUAUUGACAACUUUUAGUGGGUUUAAAUAUUAAAAAUAAAAAAGAUAUAUAUAUAUAUAUAUAUAGAUAUAUUCA